AACUUGUCAACCAUAUUUUGGGAACGUUGCCGGGGACGGAUCAUCGCUAGCAGGAUGUAGCAUCGAAGAUGUACGACGUCACCGAUGCUGCCUCCAUCAAUUCCGACUACCAGGAGCUGAUGGCACCGUGGGCCUACAAUGGUGCCGCCGUGACACUUUUCUUUAUAGGGUUCUUCGGAUUUUUUCUCAACAUCUUCGUUAUUGCCCUCAUGUACAAGGAUGUACAGCUAUGGACGCCGAUGAAUAUUAUAUUGUUCAAUUUAGUUUGUUCCGACUUUUCCGUAUCGAUCAUCGGUAAUCCGCUCACUCUUACGUCCGCCAUUUCCCAUCGUUGGCUGUACGGGAAAAGCGUUUGUGUGGCGUACGGAUUUUUCAUGUCACUGCUAGGAAUCGCUUCAAUCACAACUCUUACCGUGCUUUCGUACGAGCGGUUCUGUUUGAUCAGCCGCCCAUUCACCGCCCAGAACCGCUCGAAACAAGGAGCCUGCCUAGCGGUACUGUUCAUCUGGAGCUAUUCAUUUGCCCUAACCUCGCCGCCACUGUUUGGUUGGGGCGCCUACGUCAACGAAGCGGCAAACAUAAGCUGCUCGGUGAAUUGGGAGUCGCGAACAACGAAUGCAACCAGCUACAUCAUAUUUCUCUUCGUAUUCGGCCUGAUACUCCCACUGGCAGUCAUUAUUUAUAGCUACAUCAACAUCGUUCUCGAAAUGCGCAAGAACUCUGCACGCGUGGGACGUGUAAACCGAGCCGAACGACGCGUCACCUCCAUGGUGGCGGUGAUGAUCGUCGCCUUUAUGAUCGCGUGGACGCCGUACGCCACCUUUGCGUUGAUCGAGCAGUUUGGCCCACCGGAACUGAUUGGCCCGGGAUUGGCCGUGCUGCCAGCACUCAUCGCCAAAUCAAGCAUCUGCUACAACCCGAUCAUCUACGUCGGCAUGAACACACAGUUCCGGGCCGCCUUCUGGCGCGUUAGACGUACGAAUGGUGUUGCCGGUCAACCGGACAGCAACAACACCAACAGUCGGGAUAAGGAUUCACGCAGCACCGCCAAGGAUGUGCUGGAGUGUAGCUUGGACUUUUGCCACUGGACUGUACGUGGCACACGGGUAAGCAUCUCUUCCGUCGAUCGGAACGUGCCGGUACGCUCCGGUGAAGAACGGUCCAAGGAACGGUCGAGUAGAAGUAGCAGAGGAUCGAAGGAACAUGAUCGACCGUUGGGGGUGAAAACGUUGAAGGCCAACAAUGCACGAUCAGUACCGAGCAUUGAACCGGUGGCAGAUUGUAGUAUGACGGACGUGCUAACCAGCGGAGAUGGUAGUGUCAGAGUCGUUCGACAGGACUCGGAAUUAUCUGUGAUCCAUGAUGGUAGGGUGCUCGUUAUUAAAUCGCCAAUACCACACACGAACAUGUUGUAACAGUAAAGCUAUUUUUUU